AAUCUUCGCCAGGAGAGUUUAACCGUUAAAAUUUGAAAGUUUGAAAGUAAAAGCAAAGGAAUUGCUUGGUUAUAACUUACAUUCUGUACGGGUUGCGACGUAUUCAGUUAUAUGUUUUACAAAGUUAAUAAUGAAAUUAAGUUUUGAUGUAUAAGACUAUUUAAAUAGGUACUGUGCGAACAUAUUAUUAAAAAUAGGCAAGAUGAACGAAAAUGAAGUGGUAUUACUGCCUUGGGUAAACGAAUUUGUUGAUAGAAUGAAAGAUCGAGUUGAGAAAGGAAUUCUUACUUGGUGUAACAUUGUAACAGCUAUUGGACUAAAAGAAAAUGAUUUGAAUGGCUGGAUCACAACUUAUCAGGAUCAAAUUGAUACAUUGUUGGAAGAUAUGAAUAAAGAUGCUUUAAAUAAUCAACAAAAUCUUAUUAGGCAAAUAGAAAGUCUUUUGAUACAAUCAGAAGCUUUAUGCAAAGAGCUUCAUAUACAAAAGCCAAAUAUCGGCACACAAAAAUUAUGUUUAAUUGACAAGCAAAAUCUGCUUGUGAAAAACAUUGAAGAAUACCAAUUAAAAAUUCAAGAGCGUCAUAAAGAAUUAAAUAUACUGGAGAAGAAAAUGAAACAGGUUUGUCAAAAUCUUGGACGCAGGCCAAAGAGUAUUUUGGUUUCUCCUCUUCCUUCUGAAGAGCAAGUAUUACAAUACAAAGCUGACAUUGCUCUGCUUGAGGAAGAGGAAUAUGGGAGGCUUGAGAAGUUUACUGAAUUAAAGACAGAAAUAAUGACUUUGGCAAAUGAUCUUAAAUACAAACCUGUAUUAGACUUUGAAAGGAAAGUUUUAUGUGAAGAAGACUCUGUUUUUGAAGUGACUGACAGUAAUAUGAGAGAACUACAGAAGUUCUAUGAAUGUUUAAAAGAGCAAUCACAGAAUAUUAAAUCUGAGAUUAACUUGUUUUAUGAACGUGUGAAAGUGUUGUGGGAAGUUUUAGAAGAAGACAAACAGAAAUGUACCGAAUUUAUACAAAAAUAUUCCAGCCACACUUUAGAAGACUUGCAAGCAUUUAAAGAUGAAGUGCAACGGUGUGAACAUUUAAAAAGGUCUAAUAUAGAGGUGUUCGUAAAAAAAUUACGUCAGGAAUUACUUUUCUACUGGGAUUUGUGUUUAGUAAGUGAAAGAGAAAGGAAACAGUUCUUAUAUUUCGAUGAAGAUUUAUUUACAGAAGAUUUGAUAAGUUUACAUGAUAUAGAGGUGGAGAAAUGGAAAAAAUUCUAUGCAGAAAAUGAUGCAAUUUUUAAAUUGUUGUCAAAAUGGGACCAACUUUAUAAGAGGCUGCAAGAAUUGGGAAAUGCUGCCGUUGCUCCUGAUCGUUAUAAAAACCGUGGUGGUGUUUUAUUGAAGGAGGAAAAGGAACGAAAUGUGUUAAAUAAACAAAUUCCAAAAUUGGAAGAGCAAUUGAAAGAGUUAUCAUAUGAGUACAGGUUAAAAAAUGGGAAGCCAUUUACUGUAAAUGGGGAAGAUCUCGAUCUUAUACUCGAUAAAAAUAUUGAAGAUCGUGAAAAUGAAAGAAAAUUAAAAUGCAGUGCUCGAAAGCAGCGUUUUCAAGAUAAAAGUUUGACGCCGGGCCGAUCGCUCUUUCCGUUGACUCCUUUGAGUCAGUUUAGCUCGAUUAGAAGUACAUGUAAACGGAGAAUCAUGACGCCUUCUAUUUCCACUACGAAAAGGUCUAAACAACUGUUACAAGCUGGAUUAAAAACAGCACCUCCGAACUACCCUUGCUUAAAAGUAAUUGGAGGAAGAUCUCGUUAUUCUUCUGAUAAGAAAAAGAAGAGCAGAAGACGAUCGAAACGAAACAAAUUGUCACCUAAAACUAUGAAUACAACAUACGACAAAUUUGAGGAGGAAGUGUCUAAUAAAGGGAAAUGUCGCAGCACCGACGUAUUUAAUGGUGAUCUGUCUCCCUUAGCGAUACCUUUACCUCAAACUCCCACAAACAGAUUGAGGAUAUAAACUAGUAAGAAGUGCUAAUGUUAUUUAUUUUUUUAUUGAUUUUAUAUUUAAAUUUAAACGCACAGACUUAUGUUCUUCCUCUUUUUUGUACAAUUUUUAUACAAAGAAAAAAUAAAUAGUUAAAAAGUAAUUUGGAAUAUAUAUAUAUAUAUUAAAAAUAUAACACGCAGACAAAUAGUUUUCGAUAUUAUGUCUAUAUAAAUUGAUUCCUAACAUACUAUACACAUAUACAGAGAUAUAUUACAAAUACCUUUCACUACUAUUUAUUGUGCGUUUUUAAAAAUAAAUAUUGCGUCGUUUAGCCAGUAA